AUGAAAUUGGUUCAAAUAGUUUCUCCAAUUCUGAAAGUGACACCUCCGGUCAACCAAAUUGUUUCCGUCCUUACUGAAGAUCAGAAAUAUAACAAGUUGGUCGAGCUGCUAGGUGGUAUAUUGGAUGGCAGCAGAAUAGUUAUAUUCAUGGAUACAAAGAAAGGAUGUGAAUCAGGUGAUCAGAUCGCCCUGCAGCUUUGCACGGACGGUCAGCACGCAGUCUUGGUUCAUGAAAACGAAAGUCAAGAGGAAAGGGUCCGGAUUGUCUCUGAGUUUCAAGCUGGCAAGAUCCCCAUAAUGAUUGCAACAGAUGUUGCCGCUCGUGAUCUAGAUCUGAAGGAUGUGAAAUAUGUUAUCAAUUACGACUUUCCGGGAUCCCUUGAUGAUUAUGUUUACCACAUUGACUGCUUUGGAAGUGCUGCAGCAAAAGGAACAGCAUACACAUUCUUUACAACUGCUAAUGCUGGAUGCGCAAAGGGACUUACCAUCUUACUCAAGAAAGCUGGACAGAAUGUUAGUUCUGAAUUGGAACAACUGGGGCGUGAUGUAACAUAUCCAGGAACCUACAUACCUCGGACGUGGCGCUCGGAGGCUAACAACAAAAUGAUUGGAUAUGGUCAUUUCUCUCCUAUGUAUCUACCUUACCCCAAUACUGAAAAACAUGCACGUUACGCCCUGGAGGAAAUCAGGAAAAUAAAGGUUCUAAUCUGAAUUUGUAAUAGCUGCUGCUCUAUUUCUUACGUUAGCAUGUUCUGUUUUACGAGUAAUCUUUAAUAGCACACUUGUUUUAAUAUAAUAUUC